AUGUCUCAUGCCGACCGCAAAGCGGGGACUUCUUCCUCAUAUCAGGACCGCCUUACAGUACUCUGGGACUCGCACGGCGCAUAUUUGACAGCUUUGAUCCCUGGCUUGAUGGCGGGAAAAGGCGGAACUGGAGUGAGGAUAAAAGGUCAUUCGUCGGGUUCAGCCCACCUAGGAAGUCAAAUACGGUUCGUGGUACCUCGUUCAUGGUAUUCUCAUCUUCCAUACGUGCUUCACGGUUCCAUUAUUGCCUGGACGAGGAAAAAGAACGGAGAGCGACAGGGUGCGCUGCGUGUUCAGGGUAAGCUUCGUCAGACCCUGUUCGGUGGAUCACAACUAUGCCCACUGCGGGUUUAG